UAGUGAAUUAAUUUAACGAUUAACGACCGGCGCGCGUGACUUGAGUUGAGACAGAGGAAGAGUACAGAGAAAUGUCGACGGCGUCUUCCUGUCAGAAACUCUUUGAUUUAGGCACAAAGAUCAUCGGCGUCGGUAGAAACUACGCCGCUCACGCUAAAGAACUAGGCAACGCCGUUCCCAAGGCACCAGUGUUGUUUCUCAAACCAACAUCUUCUUACUUGAAAAAUGGCGGAACAAUCGAAAUUCCACACAAUGAGAGUUCUCUCCAUCACGAAGUCGAACUCGCCGUCGUCAUCGCCAAGAAAGCUCGUGAUGUCUCUGAAUCCUCUGCCAUGGAUUACGUUGCUGGUUAUGCUUUGGCACUGGAUAUGACUGCUAGGGACCUUCAAUCUGCCGCUAAGUCUGCAGGUCUUCCAUGGAGUUUGGCAAAAGGCCAGGAUACGUUCACACCAAUUAGUCCUAUUUAUCAAGCAUUACAGAACCCUCUCUUUAAAGCUAGCUAUCAAGGGGGACGAACCAAGUCACGUGGAUACGCUACCCAGCAUUCCAUACUACUUGGUGUCGGAAAUGGACACCGCUUACCCAAGACUGCAGUACCAAACCCUGAUGAUCUAGAGUUAUGGCUAAAGGUAGAUGAGGAAAUUCGGCAGAAGGGCUCGACCAAGGACUUGAUAUUCAAACUUCCAUUUUUAAUUAGCUUCAUAAGCUCUUACAUGACAUUGUUUGAAGGAGAUGUCAUUCUAACUGGGACUCCCCCAGGUGUUGGCCCUGUGAAAGAAGGUCAAAAGAUAACUGCUGGUAUUACAGGUCUCGUGGACGUGGAGUUUAAUGUUGGAAAAAGGAAAAUAUCCGGAACUUAAUGAUAUUGGUAUCGCUUGCCAAGGUGAAACAAAAUAGAGUACACCAUAAAAACUCCAUUAUUUUAAGUCCGAAUAUGUAGUAUGUACUCUACUUGUCAUCAUGUUUUCUAUUCCUAGAACUAGAAUAGUACUCUGGAUCUCAGUGGAAGUGUUAUUUUAAGCAUCAUCAAGAAAAUGGUGAUAACUAUUUGUUACAGUAGAAAAUAAUGAUUAUGAUGCGCUCAAUAAGACACCACCUGAUUUAUGAUGAUGAA